AUGAGGGAGAUGGUGUCUGAGCUGCUGGGAGAGGACGUGGACUCCGUCUGCCACCUCUACCCCCACCCCUGGAUCAAGCUGGGUCUGGAGGGGCCCUGCAGUGGGUGGGCCCAGGGUGCGUGUGACACCGAGCCCAGCCAGGAAGACAGCAAAACGAGCAGCGACGUGGAGCAGAUCCCAGCCUUGGUCUCCGAGCUGCAGCCCUCCAUGGCUCUGCUGGGAGCUUAUCCCUACAGCACGGUGAUGCCUCAGGGACCCUGUGUGUGGGACUGGCACACAGACUGCUCUCAGUCUGGAAAGAAAGACUUGGCUGGUCAGACUGAGCAGGUCAGCACUAAACAUCCACUCCUGGAUCUGAAGCAGGGACCUGCUGCUGCCCCCAGCCUUAACCCUGAUGCUGAAGCAUGGACCAAUCCCAACUUUAACCUGGACGUCCCCGGCACCGCAGGAUACUUUGAGGCUCCGCAGCCAUGGCUGCAGUUCCCCAACGAUCUGACCAAUCAGGAAGGAUAUGAAGCAGAAUUCCAGCUAGAGAACGUGGGCGUGGUGGAGGCUGUGGUGGAAGCUGAUCCCAGCACGUUGGAGUACCAGACGCUGCCUGCAGAAGCUCCGGUAGUUAAUGGAGAGCUCAUAGACCCACCUGUCCCAGAUGAGGCCACAGAAGAGCUGAGGACCGUUCUGGAGUCCUGCCUGACCAGGGAGCACCUUGGCAACGACCUGUACCUCAACUCUCAGAUGGACAGCGAUCAGUACGUUUCCAUCGCAACUCUGGCCAGCCUCGACAAGAUCAAGAGUCUCAGCACGGACCUGGACCUCAUCUCAGACAUCCUGAAAUCCCUGCCACUCGUCCAGUUGUCUCCGUGUGGACAGAAGGUUCGACCUCAGCAGAGUCGAUGUGUCGUCAUCCUACGUGAGAUCCCCAACACCACACCCCGAGAGGAGGUGGAGGCUCUUUUUGAUGCCGAGAACCUGCCAAAGUUCCUGAGCUGUGAGUUUGUGAGCAACGAUAACUGGUUCGUCACUUUCAAUUCGGAAGCCGACGCACAACAGGCCUACAAGUACCUGAGAGAAGAGGUCCGUGAGUUUAAGGGAAAGCCGAUCAUGGUGAGGAUAAAGGCCAAAACCAUGGCGGUUACUUCCUUUGCUCCAAAAAAUGGCUACAGACCCGCUCAGCUGGAUCAGUUCAGCUCCUUCUUCCCCCCAAACACCUACCAGCAGCCCUGCCCCACCCAGCAGCUCUACGACUUCUCCAGCGAGGCGUGGGCCUCUGCUGCUGCUGCAGGGUACCCAGAGUGUGCCGAGCAGCAUCAAACACUGAUGAACGACUUCAUGAACGGAUUCGCCAACUUCAAACCUCACAACCCUCACAGGCAGAGGAGAGGCUCAAGGUGGUCAAACUCUGGAGAGCGCUGGCAGUCCGGUCAGAACGGUUCCUCCAACCCGUCUGAGGCGUCUCCAGUGGACCGGCCCUCCUCUCCCAUGAAGCCGGGGCGAGGGCGGUCGCGGGGCAAUGCGCGCCGUCAGGGCCGAGGAGGACGGACAGAGCCGACGCCCACUUCUGAUCGGGGAAGGAGAGGAAACUUCAACCAGAGGAGGAGAGAGAACGGCAGGUCUGCGGGACACAAUCGUAAUGCACAAAGUCAUUCGCCUGCCCGUCAGCCGACUCCUCCUCCUGAGCUCGGCCUGACCAGCUUCCCUCCUCUUCCUCCUGCAAACACUGCCAUGGCAACGGCACCUGCAGCUAAAACCAAUGUCAAGGCUCCAGUGAAACACAGCAGCCCGUGUGCUUCUGUGCCAGCAGUGUCAGAAGAGCCUGAGCCAGUCUUAGAGCAGAAUCUGAAGGAGUGUGCAGAGUCGAGCACCGAGGCCAAACCAGCUCCGCUUCAGGAACCAGGCACAGAGUCCAAGAGGCCGAGCUACGCCGAGAUCUGCCAGAGAGCGUCGCCCAGCGAGCCGGCGCCGCCCGCUGACCCGGCGCCGCCCGCUGACCCCGCCCCUUCAGAGGCCGAGCUCGUCCCCACCUUCCCGGGCCAGGUGUCAGAGCCCGCUCUGUCGCCACGGUGAUCACAGCGAGCGGUGUCUCACGGGUUUCAUAUAAGCUGAAAAUGUGUUAUUGUUCUGUCUUUUUAAACCAACCAGCUGCAUGUGUGCUAAGAGUAAUAAUCUGUGUGUACAGAGUGAAGCAUUAAUCACCAAAGCCUUCAAAUCAACUAAAUUGACGUCUUGAUCUGAUAAGUGACAGCGAGCAUCAGCUGGCUGGGUCGGGACGGGACGGGCCAGUAGGCUCUGGGCUCGCCCACCGCUCAGGAUGUUUAGGUUCACUUUUCAGUUUUUAGAGCGAAAGCUGUAAAGAAUCUGUAAAUGCUGAUCUGCAAAUUUUAGUUUUUAUUUCUUGGUUUGUAGUUGCGAUGAGUUAAUUGAGAGCCGUGUUUUGAUUUCGUCUUGUUUUGCUGACGGCUCGUCUUUCCCUGCUGUUUGUGUGUGUUUGGUGUUUUCUCACUGUACAGGACGUUCUGCCAUGAUUGUUUUUCCAUACAUCUGUGUUAUUCUUUAGUCUGCAGGGCCGCUGUGGGCACACAUGAUGCUUUUUCUCUAAAUAUUAGCACUAGAACGGCCAGUUUGUUUCCAUGUUGAGACGUGGGCGGGUUGUCGAUGCCUGUGAUGGAACGAGGAGGAUCGGACCUCACCAUUCAUUUAAUCUUCCAGGAAAUCAAAUUUAAUUUGGAAGUUUCUUCCCCCUGAAGGGCACUGAGUAUCAAAACCUUUUCUCUGCAUGACUUUUUUUAAUUUCAUUUUAGAAUUUAAUUUAUGUCGUACUUUUAUUUAUGUUAUAGGAGUGCUCUUGUGGGUUAAAGCCAGUCAGUGCCCCUCUGUGUUUGGGACACGGGUUAAAAAGGAAACAAGCUUCUGUCUGCGUGUGGUACUUCCUCACUGUUCCAGCACUAACAACUUGAACUGUAUUUGAGAACUUGAAUUUGAUUGUACUGAAUCCAAUGCUCUUUUGUUUAAAAAUAUACAAUUUUAAAUGUAAAACAGUUGUCGUGGAGAAAGAGCAGGCGUGUUUGUGGCACAUGUUAUUUUGUCUGUACAGAUGUACAUAUUACUGAACAAAUAUUAAAGUGCCUUUGAAGUUAAAA